CAUAUCCACUUAAUCCCAAUAUACCAUAACCACUUUUGAUUGGUUUGUCUUAUCUACAAUCGAUUCGAUUGUGAUUGAUUGCAGCGCAUCAUCAACCACUCGUGGAUUGACUCCAUUCUUUGACCAACACGCCUUUGCAGCACGUUUAAAUAAGCUCAUCAUCCACACAUUUCCGUAGGAUACCCAACACUUCUCAGCUCUUGGUGACACGCGUCGUCAUCCAUCGGAGCCUCUACAUACAUAGCUCUCUCUUUUGUUUUUUCUUUUUUAUUGUUGUUGUUGUUGCUGUUUACGAUUUUAGAUACGAUACGAUCGGGGAUUAUAUAUCGCUUGGCUACAGUUCCUAUACAGACCCGCUGAUACAAUAAAAACUAUUGUUGUCCUCCCUCCUCCUUCUUCUUCUUCUUCCGUCUCUCCCUCGGCAGCUAUCUCCUCUCUUGCUCUCGGUUCCUUUUUUUUAGCGUCCUCCGUCGUUUCAGCUGCAACAAUCUCCUCCUCCUCCCCACCCCUUCCCCCGGUCAGAUCACUUCUUCAUAAUCGCAAGACUGCAAUCUAUUCACAUAAUCACAUAGUUUCAUUUUUUUUCAUCCUCCCAACGGCUGUUUUAUUAAACCUGAACACGAAAUCUUAACCCGGACAGCUCCACAUCAACUCAGUUCACAACACAGAUCAGCGUGCGACUUCAUCCAACCCGGAAACACACUCUACUGCAACUUUGAAAGACAACUGCGAUUUUCUGAAUAAAUGGCUGCCAAUCCGGAUUAUGUCGAGAAGGGAUUUCCACUCGAGGAUCCGCAUUCAAAGGAAACCACCGUCGAGGCUCAGACCUACGAUCUCGAAGACCCUAGCAGGCAGGAUGUCCACGACGAAGCGGCCGGCGCUGCUACCCUUCAUCGGACCAUGAAAUCCAGGCACAUUCAGAUGAUCUCGAUCGGUGGUGUGAUCGGUACCGGACUGUUUCUGGGUACUGCGCAGUCGCUGGCUAAUGGCGGUCCUCUCGGUUUGAUGAUGGGAUUCUUGGUCAUGGGAACAGUCGUCUGGAACGUGAUGGCUUCACUUGGUGAAAUGGUGUCUCAUUUGCCCAUUGCCGGUGGUCAUGUCACUCUUGCCAAGCGCUUUGUCGACUCCAGUUUAUCACUCACAAUGGGAUACAACUAUUUCUACAACUGGGCCAUCGUUCUUCCAACCGAGAUUUCCGCUUCAGCGAUCCUGGUUAAUUAUUGGACUAAGGCUGUCAACAAUGCUGUCUGGAUCACCUUGUUCUUGAUCAUUGUCGGGUUGAUUAAUUUGGGUGGUGCUAGGUUUUAUGCCGAGUUUGAAUUUUGGUUUGCGUCCAUCAAAGUAUUGACGAUCGUGGGCUUAAUUAUCCUCGGGAUUAUCUUAGAUGCUGGUGGUGGACCCGAUCAUGAUGUGAUUGGCUUCAGGAACUGGCGCGAGCCGGGCCCGUUUGUCCAACAUCUCGGCAUCGAAGGGCCUCUUGGUCGAUUCCUUGGUUUUUGGUCUGUGCUCAUUCAAGCCGGGUUUUCUUACAUCGGUACCGAAAUCACGGCUAUCACUGCCGGUGAGGCCAAGAACCCGAAGAAAUCUCUUCCUAGUGCCAUCAAAGGUGUCGCUGUUCGGAUCUGUAUCUUUUACAUCCUCGGUACUUUCAUCAUCGGACUCUUGGUUCCUAGCAAUGACCCGCGAUUGAACCUCGAUUCUCACGAUGCCGCCUCGUCGCCUUUCGUGAUUGCCAUCGAAAAGUCGGGUAUUCACUCAUUGCCAUCGGUGAUCAAUGCCGCUCUUCUAUCAUCGGCUUGGUCGGCUGCCUCGAGUGACAUGUACACCUCAUCCCGAGCGCUCUACGGAUUGGCACUUGCCGGUAAUGCUCCUGCCUUCUUCAAGAGGACCACCUCCUGGGGAUUACCUUGGGCCUGUCUACUUGUCUCGUUUGCAAUCGGUUUCUUGGCUUUCAUGUCUGUAGGCGCCGGUGGUGCCGGGCAAGUUUUCGGAUGGCUUUCGACUAUGUCUAGUGUCACUGGUCUCUUGACCUGGGUCGGCAUCUUGAUCACGUAUUUGCGCUUCGAUGCUGGCGUUAAAGCUCAAAACAUUAACCGUGACCAAUUCCCAUACAAAUCAUACUUGAGGACCGGUGGAGCGAUUUACAGUCUUUUUAUGUGUUGUUUGAUCCUCUUGUUUAACUCUUAUUCGGUAUUUAUCACCGGUCAUUGGGACACGGCUACAUUUAUCACUGGUUAUUUGCCCAUCGUCUUGGCUAUCGUCAUGUAUUCCAGCAGUAAAUUUUACCUCAAAAGGAAGGGCGCCCGAACCGCUAUCAUCGGUCUCCAUGAAAUGGACUUCUAUACUGACUCAAGAGACGAGGCGAGAGAUGGGCCUGAUGAUGAUGAGACUGAUGGCCAGAAGAAAACGUUCUCCGAAAAAUUCAAAGAGUGGCUAUGA